UUCAGAUUGCAGUCUCAUAAAUUUUCUAUUCGCCUGUCUUCCUUUGCUUUUGAGACACUAAGUGCUGCAAAUAUUUUGGGAAAGCUUGGUGUUGUAGAUUAUUAAUUGUUCUGAUUCUUGUCAGCGGAGACAGUUCUUGUAAUGAGAUAUGCCAAUAUUUAAUAAUGGAAGAGCAAAGAAGAUCGAUUUAGAAAAGAAGCCCUUCAAAGUUACUUUUUCUAUUUUGCUUGGUCUCGCAGGUUCUCCUCGAAUCAAAAUUAGGCUCCCUUGAAAUUUUCAAACUACAGUUUGCCUUGCAAAACACAUAAUUAGUUCAAUUUUUCCAAAAGCAGUAUGCAAUAGAAUGUUAGAUCAACUGUUUAGUUUAGGUCAACUUUUAAUUUUUGCAGAGUAUUGGUGACAAUUCCUUUAAUCAUUUAGCAAAAUAUUCCAACGUUUCUUUAUUAUUGAACGAAUAACCAUUGAACCUCUGAAUUUAAAAUCUCAAACGUAUGUUUACAACAGUCUGCCUGUUUUUUCUUACUUAAUCCUUUUUUGAAUAACUACAUAAUCAUAUUUUUUCAGCUAUAAUAUCUUGGUGUAUAAUAAAUUGCCUUAAAUAGAUUACACUCUUUUUUAAGAAUAUUCAGGCACAGUAUUAUCCAAUGUUCACGAAUAUCAUAAUCAAAGUUUUCAACCAUAAUAUCUUACUGUAUAAGAAAAAUGCCUGGAUAUUUUACAAGUUACAUUAAGAAUAUUGAGGCCCAGGAUUAUGCAAUGUUUACGAAUAUUAUAAGAAUAUCGCUUAGCCUCACUACAUUCAUAGUCAUAGUUUCAAACCAUAAUAUCUUGCUGCAUUAGAACUUUUUUUUAAAUAAAUUACAGUCUACAUUAAGAAUAUUCAGGCCUAAAAUUAUCCAAUCUUUACAAAUAUUGUAAGAAUGUCCCUUAGCCUCAACACAUUCAUAGUCAUAUUUAUCAACCAUAAUAUCUUGCAUUAUAAGAAAAUGACUUAGAUACAUAAAUAUAUUACAAUCUAUUUAUAAGAAUAUUCAGGCCACACACAACACAAUACAAACAUAUGUGUCUAGCUUGAAAGCAGUUGUCUGUUUUUUCAUGUUCGCAACGUAGAAGUUCAGAACUGACACAUCGCUUCUUUCAAAAAGUGUGGAUUUUAUUCUAGGGUGGGCGAUGUUCCCCUGCAAAAAUGUUAUCUCAAAACAACAAGAAUACUUUAAGAAUAUAUUCAGGUUGAAAACGAACAUUUCUUUAAGAAUUUCGAGGCUUAACAAAAUUUAGAGUAUGCUAAUGAAAAAUGAGAAUAUUUCUAUAAAAUAUUAUGUCUUGUGCUCUGUCUUGGUUUUUUAAUGUUUUGACGAUAGAACUUCAAAAACUGGUUAAAAUUUUAUAUGUUUUUCCGUUUUGUCAGUUCUGUUACCAGUUUUUACUGAUCUAAUUUAGAUUGUAACAUAGUUAUAAUUAUAAAGAUUCAAAAGAUAAAACUAUGACAAGGAAAUAUGUGCUAAAACAGUCAAAACGUGAUAAUUGUAGUACGUUUUCAAGAAAUACUGGAAAAUGUAAUUUGCCGGAACAGCCCGUCACAAUGACAACAAAAAUUUCGUCGGUAAACUGAAUUCCCUUUUCGCAUGAUUUCAAAUGCAUCAGACAAGUUGCUUUAAUUGAAACGUAAUUCUUUACACCCCCCCCCCCCUUCCCUCCGGUUAUGGACAUUUUUCUAUUACCUUGUUUUCUUGUUUUUGGCAUCGUUUGCUUACCUCUUUCCCCACCUUUUUUAUACAAAACUUCUACCUAAAUGAUCUAUUACUGUUAAGUUGAUGCUCUGAAACAAUAAUAUAAGGCAAGCCAACCUUAUGAGAAUGCUUCGGAAUUCAUAGAGAUGUUCUUACUGCUUCCAUUUUUUAAACUUGCGUAGGAAAGUUUUACAGGACUUUCAACAAUACACCAACUUUGUCAAAUAGUGUGAUGCGAAGUAGAAUGAUUUUGUGCUAGAAUAUACAUCACGCACGCACCAGGUAUGAUACGGUAGGAUUAAAUAUUGGCGUAACGGAGGUAUCUGGGGCCCUGCGGAAAAAAACUGAAACGGGGUCCCUAUUUAUGGAAUGCCACAAAGUCCAGUCCAAUGUUGGGAAACACAAUAGCAAGUGCAAAAAUGGUUGAUUUUUCUCGAUAGUUCGUUGAAGAAAACUUGAGCGAAAUCUUAAAAACAUGGAUAUAAAAGUAAUCCGGGACUCCCUUUUGGUCGGGGGCCCUUUGUUAUCAAUAAGGUUGCCUAAUCUGAUCACACCACUGCUUUUGACAUUUUAACAUAAAUUCCCUUGAUGAAUAGGUACUUCAGCUUGAAAUAGUCUGAAUCUAAUUCUAGGCAGAUUAUAAUUAUAAUUCCAACGUCUUACAUUAAUCAUGAAAAGAAUAUUCUUGUGGCAGUCGUUCCAAGCAACAUUUUCCAUCAAUGCAAAAUAUUGAAAUAUGCUGCAAUGAGAUCCAAAUGCCCAUUCACCAUACAAAAUUUGAAUGUUCCGUAUCCUCGCUGUUGGUAUCUAGCAAACAAACUGCGUGACAUUUGGGAAUCGAUUCAGAGGUCAAAAAAUUUAAGGUUUAGGGCACAAUGGCGAGAUAUGUCACAGAAACAGAAAAAUACCUUUGUCGUCUGUGUUUAGUCAUACGCAGACGAUCAGAUUUUUGCAAAUUUUUCGUGUGAUUUUAUGAUAUUUAUACAUAUAAAAAAGUUCAUAAAAGAUUAUUUUUUUCAACCUGACCUGUUAAAAACUAAGAUAUCUAAUUUACAAUAUUUUACAAGAUUUUGUCAUAAAAGAAAACUAAAAAAGUUAUAGUAGCAGUAGUUCCUGUCUAUAGCAAGUCUUUGAAGGUUUUCAGGGAGGGAGUGCAAAUUUUGUUUCUCAUUUAAGACUGUUCCACAGUUUCUUACCUCGAUAAGAAAAAGGCACGCUGUAUCAUAAAGCCCCGGCUAAACGACUCGAUUUUCACUCGAUUUUUUACUCGACAAGCAUACUACCCUGGGACCUCGAUGUCCAGGGGACCUUUUUAAGUGAUGAAUUCCAUUUUAAGAAGGGAAUUAAUCAAAAGAAACAAAAUUUUGCCUGAAAAUAGUAAUUUAUUUAAACGAAAUAAGUAUUUAAUGGCGGUUCCUGCAUGAAACGAACGAACAGGGUCUUAUGUCGCUCGAGUUCGUCAAGAGAUUGUAAAAGGAUAUUUGCACACAAGAUAAACACGGCAGCCGAUUUGCGUUUCUUUGCCUUCAUUUUGUUGGCGCGAGUGAAAAGUCGAGUGAAAAAUCGAGCGAAAUAUCAAAUCGUUUGGCCACCCAUGCUCGACUUCGCUCGAUUUUGAGAUCAAAUGUCGAAAGAAAGAUCGAGCUAAAAAUCAAAUCGCCUGGCCAAGGCUUAAAGUCAUAUGAGCGCAAAAACCGUCAUGCGGAGGCGAUCUAAUUAGAUCAUCCGUUAAAUUUUGUUUUCGUUGCAGUCGCAGGUCUCUGCACACAGAGAUAUUUUAUUUUUCUGUCGCAGUAGACAAGUUCUGCUUUAAGUAGUUGCGUAGUAGCUUUACUUUCCAUUUAGGGGAAGGUCAUAUUUGUUGACGGUCACAUUGAGGGUCCGCAAUGGUAAAAUUUUCCGCUGAAGAUAUAGAUGGUGAAAUAUUUAGGUGCCAUUUUGCCUAGAGAUAGACGAUUUUACCGACUAACUAAGGAUUUUGUGGACCAAGUAAAGAUUUACCGAACGUCUCGUGAAUAAUUGGGGAGACUUUUGCAAAUAGUUUUCAAAACAUUUCAACCAAACAAGCCUAAAUAACCUGGUCGUAACAUUGACAGCGUUCAAAACCUCGGUAGUUUUAACAACAUCUAAUUCUUGAGCUUAGCUUUUGAGAUAAACAUAAUCACAAUACACAAAUUAAAGAUUUCAAAAAUUUCCCCAUCGAUGUCACUCAGCCACACUUGAACUCACCAUGGUAACGCUUCCUCGGCAGUCUCUUUUUCAUCAUGCCGUCCACAAUUAAAAUGGCAGACUUGCCAAAUGUUGCUCUACUUAAGAUUUUCCAGUACCAAAACAGGUUUCAGUUGAAAAAUAUAUCAUCCCUGGUAUGCAGAAAGUGGAAGCUCGUUGCAGAGGAUCCCUUGUUAUGGAGAAAAGCAACAGCAGUAAUUUUUCCGUCUGCAGAAUCUUGCACUUUCCUUUCGCAAUGGGUCACAGCUUUAAUCACAAAAGGCCACGUCAAGUUUUCGUUCAACGAAAAUUGUGCGCGCAAAUUGAUCCUUGAGAUAUGUGAGAUUGCGGCAGAAAGUAUGACAUGUUUAUCAAUUAACGGGUCACGAAAUAUCGAUGGUAAUGCCAUCCUCCAAAUUUUAUCUCACGCGAGAUCGAUUGAAGUUUUGGCUCUACCAAGCUGUUUUGGGUUUGUUGAAUUCACAAGCCUUUUACGUUCGUCGGCAAAAUUCAGGAGUAUCCAGCACCUUCUACCGAAUCUUUCGGAUCUUGAUAUUGGUCACACAACAACUGGAAUUAUAUUAAACUACCCAAUAUCUUUUUUGCGCUGUUUGAAUGCAAUCAUGUUGCAAUCAUUAGGUUUAUCUGGCCUAGUUUUCUCAACUGCAGAAGAACCAGCUUUGUUAGACUUGCUAGCAAGUUUCAGGCAAAUCAGAAAAUUGGACAUUUCAUUCACAAAUUUAUCAGAAGCUUUCCUAAAAGAUCUUGCAGACCUUGAACUGUGUUAUUUAGAUGAACUGAAUGUUGUGGGAUGUCAAAACAUCACUGCAGCCAUUAUUGAAAAAAUAUUCCUAAAAUUCAGUCUUUUAAAGAAGAUGUACAUUAAGAAUGUAAAAGAAGAAAUGUCAUAUGUUAAUAUCUUUUAUUAUAUUUCAAGAUCUAAUUGUAGUCUAGAGUACUUGAGAUUUAAUAAUAGUUGGGUGCAGCCAAACAUUGCAAAAUUACUUCAAUCAAACUUGUUUCCUCAGUUACAAAGAAAUACUUCAGCUUUAAGCCUGAAGAAAUUGGACUUGUCAUACUGUCCAAUUGGAGAAAAUUUUCUGGCUUUGCUUGCUGCAAAUUUGAGAGUAUGUGACAGCUUGAUUUUGGCAUCUUGCAAUAUCAGUGACUCGGUUGUUCUUGCUGUUUGCAAGGAAUUUUCUGAUCUUCAAGAGUUGGACAUAUCAAGAAAUAGAAAAAUAACAGACUUGGCAUUUGUGUGUUCUUGCAGAUAUGAUCAAAUCAAAGAAGUGAUGUCUGCUAAGGAAAACCAGAAAAUUACUGUUUGCAAGGAACAAUGUGCAAACAUUUCAAAGAUGCACAGAAUGGAGGUUUUGUCACUUAGCUAUUUAACAAAGCUAACUGAUGUUGGAUUGAUGUCAAUACCUCACCUUGAAAAUUUGAGAAGCUUGUCUCUUAAAGGGUGCAGAGCUUUAACUAGCACUGGGCGUGUUAAUCUGUACAAGAAAUUGUGUGUAUUGAUGUAUUUAGAUUUGAGUGAAUUGGAAGUUGAAGAUAUGGAAGUGCAAAUUGUGACAGAAAAUCUUAAUUACUUGACUGGACUGAAUUUGGCAGGAACAGAUAUAACCCACAAAAGUUUGGAUCUCAUUGUCAUCAACUGUCCUUUGCUGAGAAACCUUGAUAUACUGUAUUGUGAAAAUUUGUCAAAUGAUGAAGUUUUAGGUUUCCUAAAGAGCUUGGGAAGGCGGUUAAACAAAUUCCAGUCAACAUGGAAUAUAGAAUAUGAGCUGCUGCAUGUUGUUUAAACACUCAUUUCUUUGCAAUGGAGAUUGUUCCCACCAGUUUUAUUUGAAUUGAGUGCUUUAAGGUAAUUACCGAUGUAACAAGUCAACAGUUUCCACGUGGCGAGAUUCAAUGUUGAAAUUUGUAUUUUGAUGUGAUUUGUUUUUCAGAAAUGCUAUACCUCACCUCCUGGUAGCCUGUUUUAUUUAUCUUUUGUAAACUUUGUUUUAUAGACUUGAUGUUUUUUUAUUUUAUCAAUGAAUGUUAUUAUGUGGAUAGUUCUAUUGUAACCUUUAGUUAUUUUUGUAUGUUCUCGUUUGGUAAAUUAUGAUUACUUUACUUUAUUCUUAUUGCCAUGGUAUCAAGGGCAUGUCUAAUGGAGAGGGUUAUAGUGUUAUAUCUCCAGUUGUGACACCUCUGUAUUUUUCGUGACUUAGUCCAUGAAAUUUCCAGUUCUUUGGCAAAAUCAUUCAUUAAGUAGAGAAAUCACAGAUGAAGUUCCAAUAGAAACAUGAUUCUAUUCAUUUAAGUUUUCAUCUUUAACUUUUACAACACACAAGGUGCUCUACUUGUUGGUGUUUUUAUAUUCCCUUAUUAGCUUGUUGCCAGUGACAAAUUUACGUAAUUUCUCAUGAAAGGUCAAUAAACGAGAUUAUUUUGGUCACGAUGGUCAUAUUUUGUUAGAAUGCCAGAAAUGCUAUAUAAAACCCCUGUGCGACAAUCCUUGUGAGCUUUUUACUUCAACCAAAAUAGCAAGUAAAUAUGACAGGGACAGCAAAAGUUUGCCUUUGACUGCCAGGGAAUGUAUGCUUGUGCCAAUGAGAGAAUUUCAAAAUGAAUGGGGAAAAAAAGUCUCAGCUUGCAAGGGGAGGUGGGGAUAUGGGAAAAUGCCCUUGUCACUCAAUCUUUUAAAAGGGGCUUCCCAGGUUGGUAAAUUUAUCACAAAGACAGUUCUCACCAGGCUUGUUGCACAAGGGUGUUUUUUGACCACAUUGCUGUAGAUUCAAUAAAAUAUCAUUUUGGCAUUUCAUCUUGAAUAUGUUUAGCUUUGAUAAAGUCCUUAGAUUAGAAUCAUGGAUUGCUCUCCUGCAAGUCUGACAUUGAGAGAAUCAUUAUUGCCUGUCAAAAUUGUGCCCGUCCCACUCCUUUCCUUUAACAAAUAACAAGGAGACUCAGAAUUUUCCAAGCGAAGAUAAAUCUUGCAAUCUACGUAGAUAAAGUAGAAACUUGUCUAGGCAUUUGAGAUGACAUUCAGGAAGAAUACGCAGGCUGCAAUAAGGCCUUUGUCUGAUUGAAGAGUCUUACGUUUGAACAAAUCGAAACGCUCAAUAAGAAAAGCAAAUCGACGAAAUUGAUGUAAAAUAAAGAGAGGAUAUUUUGUAAAACAACUAUAUAAAUGAUGUCAUUGAAGAUUACUUUUUAUCUGACUUGUAUACUGGUGCUAUAUAACAUAUAGGCAAAUGUUUUCUGCGUAGAACUGGACGAUCAAAGAGCAGCUUUUCUUUGAAGAAAAGGCAUGCGUUGCCAUAAAGAAAACUAACAAUAUUUGGAGGAAAAAACUUAAUACAUAAGAAAUUAUAGGGACAGCCUUAUGAACCAUUUAAAGGUACCCUUAUGCUAAGAUAUUGACACAGAUAUCAUUUUGUACAUAGACCACCGUAUCCAAAAACAAAUAAUUUUUAUUUUAUGCUGGAAGAAAGCAUUUCAUCUUUUUAACAGGGUCACUUUUUCACACAGCAUUUCCAGUUUAUUACUUUUGAAACAGUCUUACACACAAACAGUAUUUCAAUAGAAUGACAACAUAAUAUUUUUAUUCCUUUUGUUUUAGGUGUUUAUCAUAAACGCAGUCAGAGAUGGGCUGGAAUAUUUCUUUACAAUGAGCUCAAGUAGCAGGUUCUAGUUCGGAAGAAAUUGGAAAUAUA